CGCAGAAAAUUAUAAAAGAGCGAACGUUCAACGAGAGUGGGGCAGUCACUUCCAAGUGUGCACCUGGGCCACCACGAUCGGGAUAUUUGCAGAUUCAAGUAGGUCACCGCCUUUCAAACAAAACUAAAAUGGGAGCAAUCGAAUGGGCAAUCGAUGAGGAUAAUUAUGAGUGCACUCUUUCGGAAGAGACUCAGAAACUCGCCAAGGAUGAACUUAGAGAGGACAAGAACACUAGAGAUCAAGCUCUCGAGCAGAUGCGCAAUUGGAUCAAGAUGAAUCCUCGCAUUGAAAAUUGCCGUCUUGAUGGACGAUUCCUAUUAAAAUUUUUGAGAUGUAAAAAAUUCAACGUCCCAAUGGCUCAGGAAGCCACGGAAAGAUACUUAUUGCUUCGUCAAGUGUAUCAUCAGGCAUUCCAUUCCUUAGACAUCACAGAACCGAAUAUGGAAGAGUUACUGUCAUUGGGAUAUCUCUUCGCUGCACCUGGCCGCGAUGCGAAAGGCCGUCGCGUAAUAAUCGCUAGACCAGGUGUUUUCGAUCCUCACAAAUACACAAACGUGGACAUGUGCAAAAUUCACGCAAUCACUUAUGAGACACUGAUGGAAGAUGAAGAGAGUCAAGUACGUGGCUUCGUGCAUUUUGCCGAUGGUGCCGGUGUCAGUUUCCCUCAUCUGACACUCUUCACUCCUAAAGAAGCUGUGCGCAUUGUAAAAAAUGGCGAGCGCACUGUACCGAUGAGACAUAAGGAAGUCCACGGGAUUAAUUCGCACCCCUCUCUAAAAUUCGCCUUGGACUUCGGAUUAUCAUUGAUCUCUGAUAAGAUUAAAAAUCGCAUAAAAAUUUAUACAAGCCUCGAAGAUGCUAUCAAUAAUAAGCUGGAUGUGAGCAUGAUGCCCAAAGAAUACGGCGGGACAAUUCCCAUGAAGGAAAUGAUAGAUCUGUGGCGCAAAGAGAUAAUAGAACUGAGACCCACAUUAUUGAACAACGAUAAAAUGAAAGUCCGCUUAGAGCUUUACUCGGAGAAGGCGCGAGAAGGCGCCGUUUCGGCUCUGAAACAAGGAUUCGGCUGUUCCAGCGUGGGCUCUAACGAUUCUUCAAUGUACGGAAUAACCGGAUCUUUCAGGAAGCUCGAAGUCGAUUGA